CAAAGUCUUCACAAAAUACCGUUGGAUCUCAAGGGCUAAAGCUACUGUUAUAUUUAUCUAUCCAUGUGGCAACUCUGUCGGUCUCCAACCAUUUCCAAACAGCUGGCAGCGCCUGGUAACGGCCACAACAAAGUACCGUUGCAUGGCAACUCGUUUGUUUGGGCUUUUGUUUACAAAAUUCGUUUGCAAGGACGCACAAUGGACCUCAUCAAGGAGAUCAACGACAAAUACAUGGCCCUCGAAGCGGAGAUCGACCAGAAGCUGGAGAAGGUGCAAGCCGAGGAACUAAAACUGGAACGGCAGAACGAGCAGCUGGCCGAGACCGCGAUCUGUGCACCUGCUGCCAAGGUUUUGUCCUACGAAGGGGCUCUCCUGCGGAACACCAACACCUUGAAGGCCCUGGAAAUAGCCAAGGCCCGUUUGAGAUCACGUUCCACCUACUCCCCGGUGGAGAAGCUGCUCCAGCAAGCCCUGCACAACUACCGAAAGGAGCUGGAGAGUCUGCAGGACGCGGAGGAUGACCGCCAGGGUCAGGAGAAACCAAAGGACACCGAGGAGGAGGCGGAGGAGGAGGAAAACCUCUAUGAUCUGGUCAUGCAGAAUGUGAUAGAGGCCAAGAGGCAGCAGACCGACCUAUAAGACAUGUUUUUCCCUGGAACUCGAGCAAUUCGUGUGGCCAUACAUGAUACAGUUGUAUAUAUUGUUCACAAGCGAGACAUUGCCAAGCUGAAUAAACACGCCGCAAGUGCACACAUUUGCUGGAAAUUGAAUCGAGAAUGGGAGAAUGGGAAUGCCGGGUGAAAUGGAUAUGGGUUGUAUGCUCAGUUUCUGUUCCCACUUCAAACAAUGAUCGAAAUGAAGCAAACAACGGAUGACGAAACGGAGCCUAAGCGAACCACCUUGUCGCCAUCCCAAUCAUCUAAGUGCGCCAUCGACGACGAUGUUCCCACCCUCGACGUUAUCGCCGCUGAAGAUAUAUAUGCCAAGGCGAGAAGAUAUCUCCCGGAGUCAGGCAACAUCAGAGCAAACACAUUUACCUAAUUAGUUGGCCAUCUAACCACUUGGACAUCCCCAAAUCUGACUACAACAGGUCGAAAGGAAGCAGAGGCAAUAUACUUGGGUAAUAAAUCAAUUAACGACA